AUGCUGUCUAUGAAAGGAAAAAGGUACGAGUUUAAGGUCGAAUAUGACUCAUAUGGUCAUCAUAAGAAUUAUUCUAAAUUUUUCUUACGCGAGGAAGAGAUAAAGCGAUUUAGUUCGGAGUUAUUAGUGAAAUACUUGCAUGAAAAAUGUGACAUUUCCCCGACUGAGCUGUUGCGUAUUAGAUACAUGGACAGAGACAAGGAUUGGAUUGAUCUAAGAUGCGAUGACUUUGACUCAUUAGUGGAUAUGAUCGAAACAGCUGAGCCUAUUCCAGACCGCGAAGAUGCAGUUCGAAUCGUUUUAAAAGUAUCGAGUUACCCUUCAUCCAAAGAGCCUGCCACGCAGGCUACUUCAUCUCAGAGCAGUGAAAUCAGCUCAAAGUCAAAGAGAUUUUACUCGCCGUCUCCUAAUAGUAAGCAAAACACUUCACAAAAACGAUUUAGAAGUAAACGUAAUUUAAAUGACAAUCUUGAGGACAAUUCUAGACCUGCUUUAAUCAAUUUGUGCGAUGAUAACCAAACCAGUGUUGUCGAAGACGAACCCGUUGGGUUUGAAUACCCCAAUAUAGAACAAUACAUAUCACCGACACAGAAAUAUUUUGAUAAAGUUGAAACGGACGAACAAAAGCUGCGAGUAACAAUUGAGGAGAAAGAGCAAGAUUUGUUGGAACUUGAAGAGAGUUUCCGAGAACCUGAAGAUUUCAUUAAGUUGCCACUAUGUUCAUAUUGCCAUACCCCUGGCCAUAACAAGACUAAUUGUUUGUUUACACCGUGCGAAUCGGCCUCAUAUUGUCAUGAAAUAAAACGCCAUCCGGAUGAAAACAAAUUUUUAAAGGAACAAAAAGAAGAAUUGAAAACCUUGAAGGGUAAGCUACACCGACUACAAGAUGAUCUGAAGGGCAAGAGACAAAUGUUGAAAGGCAUUAAGGAUACUUUUGUUGCAAAAGUACAAACAGAUUUGAUAAAUAGCAACCCUAAAAAGUAUCUUCGCAAAAGCACAACUGGCCAUUUUAUUCCCAACUGGCUGAUAGUAAAUUGUGAUGUGAGAAAGUUAGAAAGAAUUUGUCAAGGUAAAGUGCCAUCGAAAUAUGAAAUACCUUCCCUUCUCAAAAAAUACAAUGAACGCUUCGAUGUUCGUGACACUUCUUCAACCGAAAACGAGCAAACCGUCAGUAAACAUGUUAAUCCAGUGAAAUCAUUGUGGGGAAAAAAGGGAAUUACAUUUCCAGGUCGUGGUUCACUCCCUAAUAGUACUGUUGUAAAUAGGGGGAACGUCGAAGCCAUGGCGAGCACAUCUGUCCUUGAUGUAUCUGUACCAAAUACUAAGCGCGAAGAAGAAUAUUUGAUACAGAUUGCAGUGAAUCAAAGUUUACAAUGCAAUCAGCGUCCAUGUGAAUCGGGAUAUUCUCACGAACGUGCUUCCCGUUCAACCGCAAAAAUACAGUCAACAGAUGCAGAAGAAGACGUGAGUGGUUUAGGUUUGCUCUUGGAAGCUGCAAAUAUUGUUGAAAAAAAGUGA